AUGGACAAACUCGGAGACCGCACCCCCUCGGUGAAUGUGGGUGUGGUUAAUCCCGUACCGUUUUCCCCCACCUACCAACAGCCAGUGCUGGGUACAGAGGCCGAUGCUUAUGAAGUCAUGAAACCCUCUGCACCUGUCAUGAUGACUGGACUCACUACUAAUGAUAAUAUGCAUCACUUACGGACCAAUCAAGGAGGAAGAUCGGAUCAAGAAAUGGCUCGUGUUCUCAUCGCAGCAAUUAUAGUGAGUGUCUCUGCCGGGCAAGAAGUCCUGUGGACCAGGCCACCAGGAAGUAGUGUGAUUCUUCUGCCAAGCAGUGGAUGUGAGAGAGUCGAGUGUCAGGUGAAAGAAAGCCGUGCGGGUUGGGAAAUAGGGGAAAAUGGCAGUUUUACUGGAAGACAUCAACUCAUAAGCGCUGACGAUGAACUAGACUCCGAAACAAUUUUCUCGGUGAACUGUACUGCCACCUUUAAUGGCAAUUUCUCACAACUGAUGAUUUGUGGAACUGAACAAAAUCGCACUCGUGUAACUGUUAGAUGCAUUGCACAUGAACUUUACUCAUUGCCAUAUGAUCAUCAUUUUACAGUUGAAGUGUAUGGUCGCUCCAAUAAGCUAAGAGGAAUAAAGUUGGAUAACAUGUCGUGCCUUCUUUCAUGGAUGAGACCAACUAAUAUACCUGAUAAUGUCACACUCAACUAUUCAAUUUUCACCAAUGAAUCAUCCAUACCACCAAAGUACACUACUUCUGAGUCGGUUAAUUUGAGUGAGAUGAUGCCACAAGGUUGCCCUGAUUGUCCUGUAGAACUAUCGUUGGUUGCAAUAAAUGAUGUUGGAAUGAGUGAACCUGCCAUCUUCCACUACGACAGACAAUCAUGCACACAACACACAACAGCAAUCGUGGCACAUUCAGUACUUUGUCCAACUGUAGUCCUUCUGCAGUGCAUGAGCCCCAACAAAAGUGACUGCGUCUUUAUUGUUGGUGAAAUCCAACAUAACCACGGAAAGUGCAUCAAUGUUGAGAGCCUGCAACAAGUGUCUGCAUUCGAGAGAUUGGGUGGCAGUGUGCUUCAUAUGAAACAUGAGAUGGACGAUAAUGGGCUACUGUCAUCCUGCCGAAACCAUUGCCUAAAUUCCUCUUCCAACCAAUCCAGUGGACAAGUCAUAGUGAUUAUUCUACUGCUGCUCACUGGUGCACUGGAUUUGAAUUUAUGACCCCAAGUACUGGACAAUUUGAAUAGCUCCCUAUAAUCUUGCUUCUCACUCUGAACUACUUGCUCCUUACUCUCAAAGUCUUGCACUCUUACCAUUUCUCACUGUCUGCAUUGAGUUUCCAGUUGACUGCAUCAAGAAUGUUUACAUGCACAUUCAUACACAAUGAAUAAAUAUACCCAAAAUACCCAGGG